GUAUUAAGAUACGAUGAGAAUAUAAAUUAUUCAAAGAUAUGUUACGCUGGAAGGUCCGCAGCAACCUCUUCUACUGUUUCACUCAAAAUCCACAAGAUGGCGUGAGCUGCCAUUUGGUCCAACGUGUCUAGCAGUAGACAUCAACCUAUCCAGCAAAAAAAUAAACCCUAUUGUUAAUAAUUAUAAAAUAUACCAUUUGUUCGUCAGUCUAUACGUCUCUGUAAAGAUCACAUGACUGUAAUUAGGAGGAAAUAUGCAUUUUCAUUGUGAUGUUUCUGAUAUUGGUACUGACUCGAGAACCGUUUUCUUGCAGACAGGGGCCUGCGUGAUGUCGUACACUAUCCUCUUGGUUCAAACAGGAGAUGGCUAUCAGUCCAAGCACGAGAUCCCGCCCAUAAGCUCUUCAGGAUUUCCUUCUGCAUGACUGGGACAGCAAUGCCCUAAAACAAGGAUACGUUCACAUUUUAAUUGAGGAAUAUAGCAAAUCAGAAAGACCCUUUUAUGUCUACUAGCUGUUGAUAACGUAUUUUCUUGUGUAGAAAAAAACAGGUAAAACACGCAUAUGUAAAUAUUAAACGCACCAUGCACUGAAACCUGCUUCUGGAAACGUUAAAAAAAUGUUAUCUAGAAAUGUGUAACUUUAGUAGAUGCGCUCAUUCUUGGUUAACUUUUUUUAAGGCUCUAGUGCGUCGCUAUACCUUGGUGUUGGUGCCGACAAACGAACGACAAAGAUUUAGCGUAUUCCGUUACAAUAAUUUAGGUAAUCCUCUGUACAUGUAAAUAAAUAUGCAUAUAAUGCAAAUUUAACCUAAUUAGUUCUCAGGACGCAAGCGCUAUGUCGGUGAUUGAAACGGGUGUUGGAAGUAUACUACAAGUUACUACACAAGUUUGUUUGCAAGCGUGUCUUUAAACCGAAGAUAGCUUUUGUGUUCUUACACGGUACUCCCGAUUUCAUAAAAAGUCAAUGGCACGAACAACUGUCUAAAUACCGGUUUAGAAAAUCUCAGCAAGGAAAACAAAAAUGAAUCGAUAUUAUGGACGCCCUCAGCAUGCGAAAUCUGCAAUCAAAGAGGGGCCUGUGCGAACGCCCUUUGAAGUUUCCGAUAAUAAACAGGUAAACAUUGAACGGAUUAGUCCCGCAAAUAAAGAUGAAGAAAAAUACAAGUUGAUUACAAAAGUUGUUUCUCCGUGCCACCAGCAAAAGCAGUAAAAUGGCACGUGCAUCUUUUACGAAGCUCCUGUUGUUUCCAGUUUGACGUCGCCGUGGCAACGGAAAUCAACGUGCAAACAUUAUGUCUUUUGAGACAGGUCAUAGUAUAUCCAUCAAUAUCUGGCGAUUUAUUUCUUCAGCACGCUAAAGACGGGUAGGUCGAGCGUAUUACGAUAACUUCAAGGCGAGUUAACUACAUUCAACAAAAAGAACCAUACCGGAGCAAUGGAAGAUUCCCAACUUUACAACCGUGAGGUAUAUGUUGGCAACUUUACCAAACCUCUCAAGUUUCGCGCACCAGCGUAUGGUAGUGUCAGGAAUAUACUUCAGAUGUAUCGCUUAACUGGCUGUUGCCCCAUAGAUGGUCUGUGGCAUAGGAGGCUUGAAGAAUUGAAGACCCGGUUUCGCGUGUACGGUCUGUAUUCAUGCGCUUGUAUUCUCCUGGCCAUCUGCACCGUGGUUGAGGCUAUACUGGACUCUGGAAGUAGAAGAAAUCUAGAAGCUAAGUCUAACAUCUUCAACAGUGUCAUAUUUUCAAUUCAGAGUACCGUCAACUUUGGAAUCAUGAUGUCCCGAGGUCCCCACUUAGUUCUUCUGCUAAGACAGUGCGCAAUGUUCGAAUCUAGGAGACCCGCACCACGGAACCUCGUACGGAAGCUGAAGCUUCUGAUUGUGGCCACUGUCAUUUACUUCGUAGUAUUCUUCACGCCCCUGGUUUCUCGAAGGAUCUACAGGACUUUCUUGGCGCACGGUGUUUUCGAGUUUUUGCUACGACUCUCUGUGACCAUUGGCGCGCUGUAUCAUUUAUUCUGGAGCACAGUCAGUGGAUCGAUGCUUGUGAUUGUGGCGCACCUCCUGAAAGGAUAUCUUGAAGAGGUCAUCAAGGACAUCAGAGCUCAUGAAGCAACGAUGACUCGUUCACGCCUAGAACAUCAAUGGGCUUUCCUUCACAAGAUUCGGCGAGACACUCGCGAGAUCAAAGCUAUGUUGCAAACGGCGAACGAGGCGAUCCAGUUGGGUGUUCUAGUGACGUACGGAGCUGCCAUGGCUUGCAGCUGCUGCUGCGCUUUCUACAUUAUAACCACAGAGUCCUCUCUUGAGCUCCUGAUGAAGAUCAUGGCGAUAGGAUACUUUGUCCAUGCGUUGUUAAUGAUAGCCUUCGCCACCCACAGCUCUCAAGCACUUACUGACAAGGUAUGA